CCCAGCGCACGAUCCGAUCUAACUGCCGUUCCUCGUAGCUUGAGGAAAUGUAGGGGCUUUGAGAUGAACCAAAACAAUCAAUGCGUUCAUAAGGCGCGGCUUGUGACCUAGAAUUUUUAGUUUUUCCUUCAGUCGUACUAUUUCCCCACACUUUCAAUCUCGUCCUCGACUCUUUCAAAAUCUCAAUUCAAGUUCCGAAUCAGCUUGAUCUCGCUGGGGUAUUAGAACUCUAAUAUGGACCUCCACGUUGCAAUCAUUGGCGCAGGUAUGGGUGGGUUGGCCUGCGCCUUAUCCCUAGCAAAACGAGGCUUCAAGAACAUCGACGUCUACGAAUCUGCUUCGAAUCUAGGCUUUGUUGGAGCAGGGAUUCAACUGGCUCCUAACAUGGCUCGAAUCUUGGACCGAUUAGGAGUGUGGAAAGACAUUGAGAAAGAGGCAGUUGAUCUCAAGGAGACUAGUAUACGACAGGGAGACACGGACAACGAACUCGGCCACGUCGACCUCCGCUAUAUCCGUUCCACCUACGGCUACCCUCACAUGGUAGGACAUCGUGCUUCCCUCGCCGGCGCCCUCUUUGCUGGCUGUCAACGCGAACCCAGUGUCACCUUCCACUUCUCUGCCACAGUCGAAGCUGUGCAAAGCUUCUCUCCCAGACCAACAUUCAAGGUCCAGCCACGGAACGGCGACCCCUACUCUGUGACCUGCGACGUCCUCCUCGCCGCCGACGGCGUCAAGUCACUCACCCGAUCAAAGGUCUUAGAAGAACUCAACAUCCACGCAGAGAUCCAAGACACCAACCAAGCCGCCUACCGCAUCAUGCUAACCCGCUCGCAAAUCUCGCACGACCCCGACCUUCUCGAGCUCAUAAACGGCAACGUAGUGACGCGCUGGAUCGGCGAGAAGCGCCAUAUCAUCGCCUACCCGGUCUCUAGCAAAGAAAUUUACAACAUCAGCACGGUGCAGCCGGACACAAACUUUGCUGCUGCGCCUUCCGCGACCUAUACGACAAAAGGGUCGAAGGAUAGCAUGCUGAAGAUCUUUGCAGACUUUUGUCCGAAGAUCCAGCGGAUGCUUGCGCUUGUUCCAGAUGGGGAGGUGUGUGAGUGGAAAUUGAGGGUUCAUAGCCCGUUGCCAACUUGGAUUCAUGGGUGUGUGGCUUUGGUUGGGGAUGCGUGUCAUCCUACCCUCCCACAUCUAGCACAGGGUGCGGCACAGGCGAUUGAGGAUGCAGCUGUAUUGGCAGUGGUACUCACGAAGUGCCCAGAUUCGUCGCCGACGUCGCUGAAUAAAGCUUUGAGAGUGUACGAGGCCGUGAGAAAGGAGCGAGCUGAGACGCUCGUUGAGCUUGCUGCGCAGUCUGGGCGAGCACUACAUUUAGGUGAUGGUGCAGCGAAAGCAGAGAGGGAUAAAGCUUUUGCUGCGUUGAAAGAUAAGGAAGGGGGAGGUGUGCCCGAUAAGUGGGCUGAUGCGGAAGUUCAAAAGAAGAUAUAUGGAUUUGAUUGCAUGAAGGUUGCGGAAGAGGAGUUUGAGAAACUAUUCCAGGCAUUCGAAGCUCACGUGUAGGCUCGGCUCAAUUCAUUCUUGCGGUCUAUUUAAACAUUUCUACGACGGUCAACCAAGGUUCACCAAAACCGAAUCUACCAUGGAUGCAGUAUUCUGGCCUCUACCA